AUAAAAAGAACCUGUUUAUUUCAUUUUGUCACAGAUCUAUCUCAGACCUGCCAGCAUAAGUAUUCCAAAAUGUUUAUCAACAUUUUAUUAAUAUCUUCCGUAUUAGUAUUAAGUACAGCAAUUCAGAUUAAAGUUGGACCCCAAACCUUUAGUGACCAACAAUCUUCCCUACAACCUCAGAAGCCUGAAAAAAGAUAUAUAAAUAAUCAGGAAAUUAAGUACUACUUCCCGGUUGAUAUCAAUAAUGCUCAGAAUGUAAGAGGAGCAAGCGAACAAUUAAGUCAACCAAGAUUUGAAAGGCCUCUAUUGCCUUAUAUUAAAAUUUCGCCUUCUGGAGAGUUACAGUUUCAAAACGUAGAGCAAGUUCAAAGUCCAUCAGUACAAAAUGAAAAACCCAAAAAUGAUAAUUCCCAGGAAGGUUUGGAAUUUUUAAAAUCCUUUUUAGAACAAAAUCCUGGAGAACAAUAUCAGUUUGUGAAGUAUGAACAAGGAAACCAAGAGGAACAACGGGCCAAUUCUUUCGUUCAGUACUCUAACAAGGAACAGGAAGAAAAUAAUUUGAGUGAACGAAUUCAACAGCAAUUAAAGCGUAUUUUGGAAAACAAUCGAGUCCAUUUAAAGGCUUUUUCAAGCGAUUCUGAAGAAAAUAAUUUUAGAAAAGUUAUUGAAUCUGAACAGGUAGUUCAACAAUCAAACAACCAAAGGGAACAAGAAAAUGAUAGUGUUAGAAAAGAAAUUGAGAAUAUCUUACGGGCUCGAGCCAACUCUGGAGUAGAAAAACAGAUCCAGGAAGAAGAGGAAUCCAAUUACCAGAAGUCACCUUUCUUCAUUCACAGGCUGGUUAGGGUUACCAAGCAUCAUCCAGUAAACAUUGUUAAACAAGUGAAGGUACCUGUUCCUACUCCAGUAUUGGUCCCUGUUCCUGAACCUUAUGAAGUCAAAGUUCCUCAACCUUAUCAUGUUCCCGUUGAGGUUAUAAGACAUAUUCCCAUCCCCAUUGUAAGGGCCCAUUAAAUUCUUAUCAAAUCAAAUCUAAAGGCUGAAUUUCAUAAUGUUCACUAAAUCAUUUUCACCAUACAUAUAUCUUAAGUGUAUAUUUAAUAAUGUUGUUAAAUAAAAAGUUUCUUGUUUAAAA